AUGAGUUCGGAAAAAAGUGAAAUUGAAACCGUUGCCGCCGGAGAAGAAAAGACCACCAAGGAAACCAAGGAAGCGACGAAAGGCGUCAAGCGGCCGGUCGAGGAGAAAGCCACAAAAUCGAAAAAGGUGAAAAAAGACGAAGGCGAAGACGAUGAGGGCGAGUUUGACUUCAACGAGGAGGAAGACCUCGAUGGCGAAGACGAAGAAGACGGUGAGGGUGAAAAUUGUAAGAAAAAACCCCUUAACAAAAAAAAAAUUGAAUUGGGAAUUAGGGAAACCGCUGAAGAAGACCAAAAUGCUGUCGAUGACGCCAUCAACAUCCGAAAGUGUGGAGCCAUCUCGGGAAUUAACGAGAACAAGAAGGAAAUCAACGAGAGGAAGAAACUAUACUGGGUCAAUGGACGAAGCUGA